AUGAUGUGGUUCUCCACUGCUCAGAAGAUCCUAUGGACAUGGAUAUCUGCUCCUGCCACUGUCCCAAACUCCUCCCCUCCUGAUGCCGGAUCAACACAGCUAAACUACUCCCCAAGUACUAAAUUCGUUCCAAUUUGCCAAACAAGUCCACUCUCUACCCAACCCGUAUGCAACAGCUCCCUCAGCACCACCGAACGAGUGGCUUCUCUCAUCAACUCCUUCACAACCGAAGAGAAAAUAGCAAAUCUCGUGUCUACCGCAGCCGGCUCCCCUCAUCUCGGUCUCCCACCAUACGAAUGGUGGAACGAAGCCCUGCACGGCAUCGGUUCCAGCCCCGGCGUACAUUUCCCUGCCAACGACACCACUUUCAACCACGCAACCAGUUUCCCUUCUCCAAUCCUCACAGCCGCCUCAUUCGACAACACUCUCAUACGAGAUGUCGCUCGCAUAAUUGGAAGAGAAGCCCGCGCAUUUGCAAAUCAUGGGUUUGCCGGGCUGGAUUUCUGGACCCCGAAUGUAAAUCCGUUUCGUGAACCGCGGUGGGGGAGAGGGCAGGAGACGCCUGGGGAGGAUGUCCUGCUUGUGCAGAAUUAUGUGCGGAGUUUUGUACCUGGUUUACAGGGUGAUGAUCUAGAGGAUAAACAGGUCAUUGCUACGUGUAAGCAUUUCGCUGCGUAUGAUAUUGAGACUGGUCGUCAUGGGAAUAGCUAUUCUCCUGCGUCGCAAGAUCUCGCGGAUUACUUCUUGCCACCGUUCAAGACGUGUGUGAAGGACGUUGGGGCCGGAAGCGUGAUGUGUGCGUAUAAUGGAUUGGAUGGCGUGCCGGCUUGUGCGAGUGAGUAUUUGCUUGAGGACGUGCUGAGGAAGGGGUGGGGGUUUGAUAGUGAGGAUAAUUUCGUGGUUGCGGAUUGUGGUGCUGUGGAUGAUAUCUUUAGGUAUCAUGAGUUUACGGAUAGUGUUGUGGAUGCGGCAGCUGUGGCGAUUAAUGCUGGGACGGAUCUGGAUUGUGGUGAUUCUUAUCUGAAACUUGGGGAGGCGUUGGAGAGGACUUCGACGACGGUGGAGGUGCUGGAUCGAGCAUUGAAGAGGCUGUAUUCGGCGUUGUUCUCGGUGGGAUAUUUUGAUGGAAGUCAGUACAGCGCUUUGUCUUUCGAAGAUGUUGCAACGCCGGAAGCACAGAAACUUGCGUACAAGGCAGCGGUUGAAGGUAUUACUCUUCUGAAGAAUGAUGGGACUCUUCCUCUGCAGAAGAAAUACUCGAAAGUCGCCAUGAUUGGACCCUUCGCGAACGCCACGGAGCAGAUGCAGGGCAACUACUUUGGCAUAGCCAAACAUGUCACCUCGCCUCUGGAAGCGUUCCGAAAACAAUGGGAUGUUGCAUAUGCACUUGGGACUCCCAUCAACGGAACCAAAAUAUCUGGCUUUGCGGAAGCACUCUCAGCAGCACAGGAUGCAGAGAUAAUUUUCUACUUAGGCGGAAUCGACAACACCAUUGAAGCAGAAGAGUUCGAUCGCACAUCGCUCACAUGGCCUGGUAACCAACUAGAUCUCAUAACCGAACUUUCCAAGCUCGAAAAACCACUCAUCGUCAUCCAAUUCGGCGGUGGACAAGUCGACGAUAGUGCUCUUUUAGGAAACGAAAACGUCAAUGCCUUGCUUUGGGCAGGCUAUCCCGGACAAGAGGGUGGCACGGCGAUACUGGAUAUUAUCACAGGCGUAGCAUCUCCUGCGGGACGGUUACCCAUUACGCAAUACUCCGCGAGCUACGCGGAUGAAGUCAGUAUCUUUGAUAUUCGGCUGCGACCGAAUGUUAGUGACGGGUUUCCUGGGAGGACGUAUAAAUGGUAUACUGGAGAGCCAGUUGUUCCGUUUGGGUUUGGGUUGCAUUAUACGGACUUUGAAUUUGCCUGGGAGACGAAGCUUGAGAGGUCGUAUGAUAUUUCAGAGAUCGCUGUGGAUGGCUAUAGUGAUACUACGCCGUUCGCGAACAUGACUGCUGUUGUGAAGAACUCCGGAAGUAGAACAUCAGAUUAUGUUGGACUUCUGUUCCUAUCGAGCUCCAACGCUGGGCCAGCUCCUCGCCCCAUAAAGUCCCUAGUGUCGUAUGAUCGCCUCCAUGAUAUACCUAUUGAUGGCAAGAAAACUCUUCAUUUGCCUCUUACUUUGGGAUCUUUGGCCAGGGCAGAUGAGAAUGGUGAUUUGACGAUAUUUCCUGGUGAGUAUCUACUUACUUUGGAUAUCGACCAGAAGAUCGAGUUUGGGUUCUCUUUGACAGGGGAAAAGGCUGUUGUUGAUAAGCUGCCGCAACCGGGAGGGAAGUAUAACUUUACUGUACCUGUACGCGCCCAACCACCUUCCACCUUUGCACAUUUGUAG